UAUUAUACAGCUAACCCUAUUUAAUUAUUUAUCUCUUGAGCGAAAUUAACAUUUAAUUAUUUAAAUAUUUUAAACAUGAAUAAGUUAACAUCGUACAGUAUAAAAGAAAUACACAAAGCUUAUCGAGAGAAGUCGCUGAAUCCAAAUAGUUUUGUUGACUUAUGUUUAGAAAGGGCUAAAAAAGCGAGUGAAUUAAAUGCAUUUAUUACAUUAUCGGAUGAUGUAGCUAAGAAACAAAGCACUGAAAGUGAAAAACGAUUAAACUCUAAAGGCAAGACAAAGUUAAUGGAAGGUAUAACGGUUGGAGUAAAAGAUAACUUCUGUACCAAAGACAUAUCAACCACUUGCGCUUCUAAUAUGCUGAAGAACUUUGUGCCGACUUAUAACGCCACAGUUUAUACGAAAUUGGUAAAUUCUGGAGCAUGUCUCAUAGGCAAGACGAAUUUAGAUGAAUUUGCGAUGGGUUCUGGCACUGUCGAUUCUAUAUACGGACCGACACGUAAUCCAUGGUGUUAUGAUGAUGAUUGGCGGAUACCUGGCGGUAGUUCCGGAGGGAGUGCUGUCGCAGUGAGCAGUGGAGCCUGUGUCGUUGCCAUCGGGUCUGAUACAGGCGGUUCAACAAGAAACCCAGCAGCUUUAUGUGGAAUAGUAGGUUUAAAACCUACAUAUGGACUAGUUUCGAGAUAUGGUCUUAUACCACUUGUAAAUUCAAUGGACGUACCUGGCAUUCUAGCUAGAAAAGUUGAUGAUGUUGCUACUACACUUAACUGUAUAGCCGGUCCUGAUGAUUUAGAUUCUACUACUAUCAAACGUGAAUUUAAACCAAUUACAAUGAAAAAUGACAUUGAUUUGUCUAAAAUAAAGAUAGGAAUACCCAAAGAGUAUCACUGUAACGGCAUGAGUAAGGAAGUAAUGGAUACUUGGCAAUAUGUCACCGAUUUGCUAUAUGAUGAAAAGUGUCAAAUACAAUCCGUGUCUUUACCUCACACUUCUGUUUCAAUAACAGUGUAUUCUAUUUUAAAUCAAUGUGAAGUUGCCAGUAACAUGUCUAGAUAUGAUGGCCUUGAAUUUGGCUUAAGAACUGAUGCAGAUUACUCUACCGAAGAGCUAUAUGCCUCUACCAGAUCAGAAGGCUUCAAUAAUGUGGUACGAUCAAGGAUAUUCGCUGGAAACUAUUUCUUAUUGAAACAGAAUUAUGAGAAAUACUUUGUUAAAGCUUUGAAGCUGCGACGGUUGAUAGCAAAUGACUUUAAAAAUGUAUUUGGUGAAAACGGAGUUGAUUUAUUGUUAACACCUACUACACUGUCCGAUGCCCCACUGUAUAAGGAUUUUGUUGCUAAGAAUAACAGAGAUCAGUGUGCGUUUCAAGAUUAUUGCACGCAACCAGCGAACAUGGCAGGAAUACCAGCCAUUUCUAUACCUAUCAGAUUAUCGGAGAAAAAUAUGCCACUCUCUUUACAGUUAAUGGGACCGAGUCUCUCUGAAGAGUUAUUACUUAAUGUAGCUAAGAAGAUAGAGAGUUUGGUUAAUUUUCCAACACUGGAUAUGGAAUAAUAAUUAUUGUAUUGAAUUUGAAUUAAUAAAAUGUAACUAAUGCUUGUUGUUUCUUGAAUUUUAGUUAAUUAUAAGGUACAAUACAAACAAUAAAUAAUUUUUUUGGGUUAGUUCUUUUUUUUAACAUUAAUGUGAUUUCUGCAAUCUUUUUUUAGUUUAUU